CUUAUUUUCAGAGUAUCAAGCAAACCGACACAAGUGGAAGGCACGGAUCACAAAAAGAGAAAAAAGGUUGAUUGAAAACAAUAAUAAAUUUAUGAGAAAAAGUUUAAAGUAUUACCUCUAAUAAUAAACGCAAAAUCAAAUUCGAAAAGAUGACGGCACCAAUGGAACGAAUUCAAGUCCUAGACUCCAUUGAGAAGGAUAUAAUAACAUGUUUACAUAGUGCAGGUCAAGUAUUCGUAGAGCUAAGCAAAGAAAAAUCGAGUCUGAAGCAAGCUGAGAAUCAUACACAGAUGUUCCUCAAAACAUUGAGUGCUGUUGAAAACAAACUAACAGAUCAAAUAAAUUAUCUCACACAGGUAUCAACUGGCCAACCACAUGAAGGCAGUGGCUAUGCUUCCCAAAAAGUCUUGCAGAUGGCUUGGCAUCGACUGGAGCAUGCUCGGUCCAGAGUAAAUGAACUGGAUAGAAUCAAAGUGAAACACGUGCAGGGCAGACCUGCUACUGCAGCCUCAGUGCUGGCUCAACGAACUGCUGGGUCCACCAUAGGGCAGAGCACGACAGUACCUGGGGGCCAACCACAGCAGGCACCUACCUCUGCUGUGCCCCCUCAAGGGGGUGGAGUGCAAGGGCCAGGAACUGGUGGUAGCGGUCAGCAACCAGGGGGAAAUAAUUAAUGGAAUCAAAGUUUUUGUCUACUGUAUGAGUGAUUGUAAUUAAAGCUGUUCCAAAUCCAAGUGAGACUAAAAUAGACUUAUAUGUGGACCAGAUCAGGGUUCCAGUACAGACACCACAGAAGAGAUAUUAUCCAAUCUAAUAACUUAGUCUCCAACUAAAACAGGGGUAGUGUGUGACAGUGUCUACAUUUAUUCUGUUUUGGCUUUGAAAUGGAGUUUAGUUCCUUGCAUAAUUAUGAAAUUAAGAACAAAAUAUGUAUUGAGCAAAUGAGUUAGUAAGAUUUUGGUGCAUCUUAUUUUACAUGUCUCAAGGGUACAGGAUCAGAACCAUAUAUUUGUUAAGCAAAAUAUAUAUCCACGAACAUUGAUUAUGAUUCUGCAAAAAAUUGUAUGAUCUUUUAUGAUGUCACAGACUGAGAACUAAAUUACUUUUGUAAACUUCUAAUACAGUAUUUAAGGCCAACGAAAAAGAAUGUUUCAUUUAUAUGCUGAUCAAAAAUUUGCUAUUCGCUAAAUAAAAGUUUUUAGUAAUGUUCACUGGACUAUAAUUUUCCGCACCUACAACAGGCAGCCACGUGACUAGCCAUUUCUUUGAUGAUUGGAUUUAACUGAAAUCUAUUAAGCUAACCUCAAAAUUUUAAAGCCCUUGUCAAACAAUGUAAACAAGUCUAUGUAGUAUUUUAGGAGCUUGCAUUGCAAAAAUAAUGGAAAUGCUAUCUUUAAUAUUCACAAUUUUUUUCUUAGUAUUAGCACCCAGAACACAAGCAGACGCAAGCAUACCUCACAAGUUUGCAAACUCAAAUCACACGAACAACUGGGCAGUCUUAGUAGAUACAAGCAGGUUUUGGUUUAACUACAGACAUGUUGCAAAUGUUUUAUCGAUUUAUAGAAGUGUUAAGCGUCUCGGUAUACCUGAUAGUCAAAUUAUCCUCAUGAUUGCUGAUGAUAUGGCUUGUAAUCCUAGAAACCCGAGGCCAGCAACAGUUUUCAAUAAUGCUAACCAGCAUAUUAACGUUUAUGGUGAUGAUGUUGAGGUAGAUUAUAGAGGAUAUGAGGUGACAGUAGAAAACUUUGUCAGAUUAUUAACUGGUAGGCUACCUCCUGGCACUCCUAGGUCAAAACAGCUACUCAGUGAUGAAGGUAGCAAUAUUCUAAUAUACCUCACUGGACAUGGAGGGGAUGGUUUUCUCAAAUUCCAAGAUUCAGAGGAGAUCACAAAUCAAGAGAUGUCUGAUGCCUUGGAACAAAUGUGGCAGAAACAAAGAUACCAUGAGGUGUUUUUCAUAAUAGACACUUGCCAAGCAGCAUCAAUGUAUGAGAGGUUUUAUUCACCAAACAUUUUAGCAGUGGGUAGCAGUUUGGUUGGAGAAGAUUCUCUUUCUCAUCAUGUUGACCCAGCAAUAGGCGUGUACAUCAUAGACAGAUACACUUUUUAUGCUCUUGAAUUUUUGGAAAGUAUAAAGCCAAAUAGCGACAGAACUGUGGCAGAAUUUUUGAAGGUAUGUCCUAAGAGUGUAUGCAUCUCAACAGUAGGUGUGAGAACAGAUUUGUAUAAGAGGAAUCCCGAAGAAGUACCCAUCACUGAUUUCUUUGGAUCUGUAAGGCCAAUUGAAGUGAUCAAGGAAAUUAUUCAAGUUAGACUUCCAGAUAUCCCUAAGGCAGCAACUGAAAAUGAAAGCCAUAGCACUAAGAAAUACGUCUACGUUCCCCCAUUUAUUAAUUUCAGUGAUGAUAUUAAACAGUAUUAGUUAUGUUUCUUUGUUAUCAUUAUUAUUAUUAUUCCAAUCACCCUAUCAAAAAGCUAAAUAAGACUACAAGGAUUUAAUCCCAAAAACACAGUGACACAAAUGCAAAAUAGAGCAGUUCAAAAAUUGAGGCAAAAUGAAAUAGAAGAUUUAAAUAUAAAUAAAAUUGUAUAUUAACAAAAAAAGUACGUCAUGUUCACAUUUUUUCAGGUUACACAAAACUCGUAUAAGGAAGAUCUUGACAUGAAGAAAAAUGUACAUCAUAAUAUUAUCACUGUUACAAUACAAAGAAUUCCUCAGCCUAAUUUUCGUAUCAUUAUUUUCUCUAUAAAUGCUUUUUCCUAAAGUUUGGUAUCCUUUCUAGUAGAGCAUAAAAUAUAUUUCCCGGCCUUCGUUGAUGUUUACUGAUGAGAUCUUCAAUUGCUGAUGCC